AUGGCAAAACCAAAAUACAGGGUUAUAGGUCAUGGGGAAGAAGAAUUUCAAGACGAUACAGAGAAAAAAAGAAGUAUAUUAAAAUUUAUAACAAAACAAACUGUGAAGCAAAUAGAUUCUGACAGUUUGAGUAGUUCGCUAGAAGAACCUGAUGAUACAAUUCUAGAAUCUGAAACUGCAACAACGAUUCAAGCUUCUCUGACUGAUAAAUCUCUUAGCCUGAUGAAUAAAGAGAAUUCUGAUGAAUUAGCCAAAUGCGAUGAUAGCAGAUCGAAAUUCGUCAAUUUUCAAGACAAUGUUGAGGAGGCAUUUGAUGUAUCAGUUCCAUCUAAACUAGAUGUCACUAGCAAGCAGCCUGAUAUUUCGCUUGUAUCUGAAACCAAUUUACAACUGCAUGAAAGAGAUAUCACAAGUGAAGAUUUACUGGAUUCUACUCUAGUUCAAGAUAAAACUUUUGAUAUGACUAAUUAUAUGCCAGAUUCUAGCACGAAAGAAACAUCACCAAAACAUUCUUCAAAUCAUAAAUCAUCUCUAACUUCAACUUCAGUUUCUACUCUUUCUGCCAUUCAAAAAUCGCCAUCAUUAUCACCAACUUCAGCAUCAGUAAUAACCAUGCAAGCUGAUGCUACAAAGUCAAGUCGAGCCUCUCAAUCGAUAAUAGCUAAAGAUUCCAAUAAUUCAUGCGAAAAAAACAUGCAACAAACUAUUUCAGAAUCAACAAGCAAGCAACCAAUUCAAAUGUCCAAAAAAAUGCUAACUUCGGAUUCUAGAAAAGUACAGUUGCGUCCUGCUCUUUCUGAAAUAACAACUAAACUAGAACUGACUCCAGAAAAAAAUCAUAUUGAAUCCAAAGUGGCAGCUCAUAUUUCAAACAAAAAUUCUGCUACAGUUUUGACUUCUGUUCCCACAAAAACCAAAACUGAAGAAAAAAAAUACACCCUCGAAACCAAAUUUCCAGUUUCUGCGCCAAAAGUAGAUACUGAAGUUUCAGCAUCUGAUUCUCAAAGACAUGUGGUUGAAGCUAAAGUACCAUUAUCUACACUUCAAAAAAGUGAAUCUGAAGCCAAACUUCCCAUAAAUGAUUCUGAAAAAACUGAUGCCGAAAAAAAAGCUCCAGAAUCUUUUUUAAAAAAAAAUAACAUUGAUUCCACAAGUACGGUAUGUGAUUUGGAACAAAACCGCGUGGAAGUUAACGUUCCGAAAUCGCCUAAUACAAACAAUUUUGAUAGCAUGACGAUUGUCAGAAGCACAGAUACGAUCAAAUCAGGAAUUCAAGCAUUUGUGGACUCUGGCAAUAUGGAGUUUACAGUAUUAUCAGUUGAUGAUAAUUUAUUUCAUAACAGAGUUAAAAAUUAUGAAUUAGCGUCAAAACUCUAA